AUGCUCUCCACUACAGGUCGCCGGCUUGUCUCAGCCAUCAUGGCCCAGAAGCCGUCUUUACUCUACCCACCCGGAACACGGAAGCUGAAGGAUGUCGUGACCAACUACGCUUCUCUGAAUGGCAGCGACAAGUGGACACUGCAAUCGAUCAUUCUUCUCAUAUUCCGGAUGGUUCUCCAGGAUGUUUCGGCAAUGAGGAGAAACAUGAUGACACGGGAGAUCAAGGACCUCGUCACGGAGUGGGGAACGUACGACAAGGUCUUGGAGGCGCUGCGGGAGCUUAUGAAACGGGCGUCUCUCCUGUCGUUCGCCCUCCGCGCGCCAUCUUUCACCGACCCGGAGCUACGGCAACUCGACAAACUCGCGCAUGACGCGGGCUAG